AUGCGUGAGAGAGAUUUGGUUUCGUGGAACUGUUUGAUCUGUGGGUAUAGUCAGUGCAGUAGGUAUAAGGAGGUUUUGGGUCUUUUCGAGGGAAUGAAGGUAACAGAGAGUGUGAGGGCUGAUGCGGUGACGUUGGCACAACAAGCGAAUGCAGCUUCGAAGAAGAGCGAGAAGCGUGGGAAUGAGGAGGAUGAAAAUGCAGCUGAUUUUGUUGAUCCUCCGACUCCGGUUGGCCAGAAGAAGCAGCUGUCUAAGCUGAUGGCCAAACAGUACAGUCCAGCUGCCAUGGAUAAAGGGUGGUAUUCGUGGUGUGAGAAAUCAGGGUGCUUUGAGGCAGAUACGAAGAGCUCCAAACCUCCUUUUGUGAUUUUUUGCCGCCUCCGAAUGUCAUCGUCCCGCUUCAUGUUGGCCAUGGUCUUACUGCUGCUAUUGAGGACACUUGAUAUGUUGGCGAAGAAUGUCAGGUUACAAUGCCUUGUGGGUGCCUGGAUGGACCAUGCUGGGAUUGCAACUCAGGUUGUUGUAGAAAAAAAGCUGAUGCCUGAGUGCAAUCUAACCCGGUAUGAUAUUGGCCGUGAAGAGUUUGUGUCUGAAGUUUGGAAUUGGAAAAAUAGUCAAGGGGAAGCUUUUAUACGGUAGCUACGGCGUUUGGGUGCUUCAGUGGAUUGGACCGCGAGAGGUCAAAAGCUGUGCCAGAGGGUUUUGUGAGGCUUCAUGCGGAAGAUCUUAUCUACAGGGCGAACUCUCUGUUGGAACUGUGGCUUCUUUUAUUGGUUAUGCUUUCACAUUAACAUUCGCGGUUCAAGGCCUGGUUAACACAUUUGGAGAUCUUCGUGGAACUUUUGCUGCAGUGGAGAGGAUUAACUCUGUUUAUCUAGGGUAGAAAUCAAUGAAGCCCUUGCUUAUGGCUUACAAAAGGAAAUGCAACGAAAGAAACUACUUGAUGAAAAUUACAGAUUGUUCCUCAUCGAUGGUUCCAAU